GGCGGCGGCGGCACGGACAGCGCGGCGCCAGGUCCGGACGGAGCGGGCGAGGCCCCCGAGAGGUUUCGGCGGCCCGGACCGGAGAGCCCCCGGAGGAGGAGACCCAUGAGCGGACAUCGGGCCACGAAGAGACGAUGCGGGGACCCCCACGCGGGGGCCCCCCCGGGCUUCCCGCGCCUGUCCGCGCCGGGCUGCGUCCUGAGCAGGUUGCUCCGGCUGCCCGCCCCGCCGCUGUCCAAGCACCAGCUGAAGCGCCUGGAGGAGCACAGGUAUCAGAGCGCCGGACGGUCCCUCCUUGAACCCUUGAUGCAGGGCUACUGGGAGUGGCUCGUCGGAAGGGUCCCCUCCUGGAUCGCCCCCAACCUCAUCACCGUCGUCGGACUGUCUGUGAACAUCUUCACGACGGUCUUGCUGCUCUACUACUGCCCCACGGCCACGGAGCAGGCACCUCUGUGGGCGUAUAUCGCCUGUGCGUGCGGCCUUUUCAUUUACCAGUCUUUGGACGCUAUCGACGGCAAACAGGCAAGAAGAACCAAUAGCAGUUCUCCUUUGGGUGAACUUUUCGACCACGGUUGCGAUUCGCUGUCGACAGUCUUCGUGGUUCUCGGGACGUGCAUUGCAGUGCAGCUGGGGACGAACCCCGACUGGAUGUUCUUUUGCUGCUUUGCCGGGACGUUCAUGUUUUACUGUGCCCAUUGGCAGACGUACGUCUCCGGAACGUUGCGCUUCGGAAUAAUUGAUGUGACUGAAGUGCAAAUCUUCAUAAUAAUCAUGCAUUUGCUGGCAGUGAUUGGAGGACCACCUUUUUGGCAGUCUAUGAUCCCAGUGCUGAAUAUUCAGAUGAAAAUUUUCCCAGCUCUUUGUACUGUAGCCGGCACCAUAUUCUCCUGUACCAAUUACUUCCGGGUAAUCUUCACAGGUGGUGUUGGCAAGAAUGGAUCAACCAUAGCAGGAACAAGUGUCCUCUCCCCGUUUCUCCAUAUUGGAUCAGUGAUCACGUUAGCUGUGAUGAUCUACAAGAAGUCCACCGUUCAGCUCUUUGAAAAGCAUCCUUGCCUGUAUAUCCUCACCUUUGGCUUCGUGUCCGCGAAAAUCACUAAUAAGCUAGUGGUCGCUCACAUGACCAAAAGUGAAAUGUACCUGCACGACACAGCAUUCCUGGGGCCGGCCCUGCUGUUCCUCGACCAGUACUUUAACAGCUUUAUCGAUGAGUACAUUGUACUUUGGAUCGCUCUGAUCUUCUCCUUAUUCGAUCUGAUCCGCUACUGCGUCAGCGUCUGCAAUCAGAUCGCCUCCCACCUGCACAUCCACGUCUUCAGAAUCAAGGUCUCCUCGGCCCAUCCCAAUCACCACUAGCCGCCGGCCCGUCGGGACGACGCGGAGGAAGCGGCUGUUUCCGACCGGAGAGGGGAUGAACACGCUGAGGAGAGAGGGUGGAGGAGAACCAGUAUAAUUUAUAAUAAUCAAUGUUGUAUGACAUUUAA